UCGUAGACGAGUUUUUCGUUUUGUAUACAAUGAUGCUAAAGUUCCGUAAUUGCUAAAAAUAGAGAACAGUUGACGUGUUACAAAAUGCAAAAAAAAAAAAAAAAACACUUUCAUCUUCAAUCUGCAGAAAUGAUGAUGAGUCGCUAUAGAGCCAAUGUAAUGGCAAAUGCUGUGACUCACACCCAUCUUUUGAAGCCUAGAGUUUCUCUGGCGGCGAUGGGUGGCGUGAGAGAUCUCAGCAAGAUGACAUUUGAGAAGAAGAAAACGACGGAGGAGAAAGGAUCUAGCGGUGGCAAGGAUGAUCAAGGUAACAAAGGGGAGCAAUUAAUCGUUAGUUAUUGGGGCGUGAAGCCGAUGAAGAUCACCAAAGAAGAUGGAACUGAAUGGAAAUGGAGUUGCUUUCGGCCAUGGGAGACUUAUAAAUCAGAUCUUACGAUAGAUUUGAAGAAGCAUCAUGUUCCAUCGACGUUACUAGACAAAUUAGCUUAUUGGACUGUUAAAUCUCUUCGAUGGCCUACUGAUCUCUUCUUCCAGAGGCGGUACGGAUGCCGAGCAAUGAUGCUAGAAACGGUAGCAGCGGUUCCAGGGAUGGUAGGAGGGAUGUUAGUCCACUGUAAAUCGCUUAGGCGGUUUGAACAAAGUGGUGGUUGGAUCAAAGCCCUACUCGAAGAAGCAGAGAACGAGAGGAUGCACUUAAUGACAUUCAUGGAAGUUGCGAAACCAAAUUGGUACGAACGAGCUCUUGUAAUCACCGUUCAAGGCGUUUUCUUCAACGCUUAUUUCCUUGGAUACCUAAUCUCUCCCAAGUUUGCUCAUCGUAUGGUUGGAUACCUUGAGGAAGAAGCAAUCCACUCUUACACUGAAUUUCUCAAGGAACUUGAAAAUGGUAACAUUGAAAACGUCCCUGCACCGGCUAUCGCUAUUGAUUACUGGAGGCUUGAAGUGGACGCGACGCUUCGUGAUGUUGUAAUGGUGGUCCGUGCUGAUGAGGCCCAUCACCGUGACGUUAACCACUAUGCAUCCGAUAUUCACUACCAAGGUCGUGAGCUGAAAGAAGCUCCAGCUCCCAUUGGAUAUCACUGAAUCUGAAGAGCUUCUCUAGCUAUUUUUUAUUGUUUUAAAGCUCUAUUAUACUGUUUACUUUUGUUUUCUUUGUUCCUAAAUGGGCCUUUCUAAUGGCAUUAAUUAGUUAAAUUUA